UUGUUCCCCCAAUGUUCCGACCACCUCCUUUACGACGUAAUUAAACCAAUUGGGUACCUAGAGAAAUCUCUAGGCCAGUAAAUCGGACGCCAUGCAGCUCCGAAUAGGAGCUUCCGUGCUCUCAAAAACCCGCGCAGCCGCCGGUCGACCUUCGGUUUUUUCGCCCUGCUCAGAUUGUCAAAGGUCGACUUCUUCAGAUCUUAGAAUACGCAUAUCCAAAUCGUUAUACCAUAAUAGCCCAAAAAGAUCUUCAGCAUGGGCGGCGGCGGUGUCUGUUGCCUCGAACAUGGUCUCUAAUGCUGUUACUCGAGCCACUAAAUCCGAACUACCCAUUGACCCUCUACGAAUUGUCGCCAAGGAAAUGAAACAUUUAACGGGGAAUAUCCGCCAGCUUCUUGGGUCGGGACACCCUUCUUUAGAUCGAGUCGCAAAAUAUUAUACGCAAGCCGAGGGAAAACAUGUCCGGCCAUUAAUCGUUUUACUGAUGUCUAGAGCUACCUCGAUAUGUCCCAAAGCUCCGGAGUCCCCGCCGUCGCAGACCAUGGCCACGAUAGACUCCUCUAUUUCUCCGCUCGGUGUCCUUGCAGAUGUAAAUCCUUCAUCACCCCAUGCCGAAUACUCCUCGCAACCCGAGUCUGCCGAAAAUGACGUACUUCCAUCCCAGCGCCGCCUAGCCGAGAUCACAGAGCUAAUCCAUACUGCUUCACUUCUACACGACGAUGUCAUAGACCAUUCAGUUUCGCGACGAGGAUCCCCAUCUGCGAAUCACGAGUUCGGUAAUAAGAUGGCCGUAUUAGCCGGUGACUUUCUCCUAGGUAGAGCUUCGGUCGCCUUGGCGCGAUUACGAAACGCGGAAGUGGUUGAACUCUUAGCGACAGUGAUAGCAAACCUUGUCGAGGGCGAAUUUAUGCAGUUGAAAAAUACUGCGCGGGACGAAAAAAAUCCCAAGUGGACGGAGGAGAUAUUUACAUACUAUCUACAAAAGACUUAUCUCAAGACAGCCAGCUUGAUAUCCAAGUCAUGCCGAGCGGCAGCACUUCUUGGCAGAGCCGACUUGAACACUGUCGAUGCUGCCUACUCGUAUGGUCGGAAUUUAGGCCUAGCAUUCCAGUUAGUAGACGACAUGUUAGAUUAUACUAAGUCCGGGAAAGAUUUAGGAAAGCCGGCCGGAGCGGACUUACAACUAGGUCUUGCGACCGCACCUUUACUCUUUGCGUGGAAGACGACGCCGGAGUUGGGCACAUUGGUGGGGAGGAAAUUUGGGGAAGAAGGCGAUGUGCAAAGGGCACGCGACCUUGUUUACCAAAGUGAUGGCAUCGAACAGACAAGAGCACUAGCGGAAGAGUACUCGCAAAAAGCCAUCUCCGCUCUCGGCGCAUUCCCGGCUAGCGAAGCAAAGGACGGCCUAAUAGAAAUGGCGAUGAAUACGCUUAAACGUCAGAAGUAAUACCAUUUUAGACCUGUAUUACCACUCGAAAACGCUCGCGUAGGUAGGCAUUGGAUGAUCGCGAGCAGGGUCCUCGUUCUACAUGUGUAAUGAGGCACGACCGCAAACGACGACCCCUACCCUAGUUGUAU